AUGGCAUCAAAAGGAUUUGGUGAUUGGAAAAAUAUUUUGGAUUGGAUGAGACAUCAUGAAACUAGUCUUGAGCAUAUCAAAUGCAUGAGUCAGUGGAUGGAGCUUGAAUCAAGGCUGCAGAAAAACCAAAUAAUUGAUAAGCAUGUGCAACAAGAACUCAACAAAGAGAGAAACCACUGGAAAGAUGUGAUGGUUAGAAUUUUUUCAUUAGUCAAAACUCUUGCUAAACAGAAUUUAACAUUUCGUGGGAAAAAUGAAAAGUUAAGAGUAGAUGGAAAUGGUAACUUCUUAAGUUUUAUUGACUCCAUGGCUGAAUGGGAUCCAGUAAUGAGAGAGCAUGUCAGAAGUUUUGAAGAUGGAGAAUCUCGUUAUCACUAUCUCAGCAAUAGAAUUCAGAAUGAGUUGAUAGCAAUGAUAGCUGAUGAGAUCAAAGGAAAGAUCAUACAAAAGAUUCAAAGUGCAAAGUAUUAUUCAGUCAUUGUUGAUUGCACCCCAGAUAUUAGUCAUCAUGAACAAAUGACUCUUAUACUUCGAUGUGUGGAUGUUUCAGCAGCUUCACCUAAGAUAGAAGAAUUUUUCCUCACUUUCUUAAUAGUUAAUAAUACAUCUGGAGAAGGGCUUUUUAGUGAGAUUCAGAAUGUGUUGAUUGCUCUUGAUCUAAAUAUUGAUGAUGUGAGGGGACAAGGGUGGAAGAUAUUGGAAGAUAUGGUAGGAGGUUUGACUGUUAAAUCUUUAUCGCAUACACGUUGGGAAAGUCAUGUUGAAUGUGUCAAGGCAAUAAGAUUUCAAGCUCCCAAGAUAAGAGAUGCUUUAGUUUAUAUAGCAGAAACUACGGAUGACCCAAAAACACAAAAAGCUAUGGGGAUUGAAGCUUCAUUCCCAACAAAAAAGAGGCGUGUCAUCAAAAGAAAAAAGUUUUUUGAUAAAGCACCAGAGAUAGUGGAUGAAGCUGUGGAUUUAUCUCCAGAAGAGAGCUUUAGAAUUUCUUAUUUCCUCCAAGUUAUGGAUCAAGCUCUUUAUUCUCUUGAGACAAGAUUUGAGCAAUUUCACAAGUAUGAGCAAACCUUUGGUUUUCUGUUUGAUCUGGAAAAACUGAAGUCUGCAAGUGACGAGAGUUUGAAGGCAUAUUGUGUCAAUCUUGAAGCCUCUUUAAAGCAUGGAAACCAUUAUGAUGUUAUUGGGGAUGAUCUGUUUUUUGAACUAUCUGUUCUAAGAGAUGCUUUGCCACAGCACUACAAGAGACCUAUUGAAGUUUUAAACUUUCUGAAAGAAACAGAAGAGUGUUAUCCAAACUCAUGGAUUGGUUAUCAAAUACUAUUGACGGUUCCGGUUUCAGUCGCCUCUGCAGAAAGAAGCUUUUCCAAGUUAAAGAUAAUAAAAUCUUACCUGCGAUCAACCAUGUCACAAGAAAGACUGAAUGGUUUAGCAAUAAUAUCUAUAGAAAGAGAACUAGUUAGGAAUCUAGAUUAUGAGAAUUUGGUGAAAGAGUUUGUUGAAAAGGAGGGGAGAAAGAUUAUGUCGUAG